AUGAGCGCCAGACCAUUCUACCCUCCAACCGACGACUUCAGUCGCUACGGAGGCGCAACCUCGCAUCUUCCCAAGUUGGAAGUCGACGACUUCCAGCAUGCAGGGCCUCCGCCGCCGCCAGGCGCUGGGUCCGGGCCGCCGCGCGACCCAGAGCCCGGCGCAGGCUAUCCGUGGUACAACCCGCGCGGCUGGUCGCUGCGCACGAAGCUGAUCGCCGGGGUCGCGGUGGUGGUGGUCAUCGUUGCGGUGAUUGUGGGCGCGGUCGAGGGCACCAAGGCGAAUCGGUAUCCUGACUAUUCGCGAUUGGAUUAUCAAUUGGUUGAUACCUAUGACCCGGCAAAGUUUCUCGAUCGUUUCAAUUACUACUCGGGGGAGGACCCGACUGAUGGCUUUGUGCAAUAUGUUGAUAGAGCGGGCGCCCAAUGGCUGAAUCUCACGCAUGCUACUGAGAAUUCCGUCGUGCUCAAGGUGGACACGACAAAUACGAAUGCCGUCAACGGUCGCCAGUCCGUCCGGCUGGAGUCCAAGACCGCGUACGACGAUGGACUGUUCAUUUUCGAUAUCCUCCACACGCCGUAUGGCUGCGGGACGUGGCCUGCGCUCUGGCUGACCGAUCCCAGCAACUGGCCUGAAAACGGAGAAAUUGACGUGUUGGAGACUAACAACAAGGCCACCGAUGGCAACGCCGUGACGCUGCACACGACGAGUGGCUGCAACAUGAAAGUGAAGCGGAAACAGACCGGCACAACCAACUACAAGACCUGCCUCAACAGCACCAACGACAACUCGGGGUGUGGAGUCCAAGGCGAGCCGGACUCCUACGGCGAGGCCUUUAACAAAGGCGGCGGAGGGGUGUAUGCGUUGGAACUGCGUGACGCCGGCAUCCGCGCCUGGUACUUCCAUCGGGACUCCAUCCCGGACGACAUUACUUCUGGCCAUCCUGACCCGUCGACAUGGGGUACCGCGCUGGCGGACUUCCCGAACACGAACUGCGAUAUCCCGUCGCACUUCCGCAACCAGAGCAUUAUUGCGAAUAUCGAUCUGUGCGGGCAGUACGGGGGCCAGCCGCAGUUCUACACUAAGCAGUACAACUGUCCUGGAAAGUGCAAUGACUUUGUGCGGGACAAUCCGUCUGCGUUUCAGGAGGCGUACUGGGAGUUUAAGAGCUUCAAGGUGUACAAGGGCAAUUGA